CUCUCGCGCGCUCUCCUCUCGGCUCUCCUUUUGCUCUCUUGGCGAUCUCGUCUUUCUGCGAAGGUCGGAGCUGCUCUCCGACGAAAGGACAAAGCUUCGAACGAUCGUCGGCUGGGAGCGUGUGGAGUACGACCGCUUCAUCCCGUUCCGAUCGGCGAUGGACAUGGACUUCGCGCGCUGUGCUCUAACCAUGCCUUCCAGACCUCAGCGUGAUGGUUCGAUAGAAUCCCCAUCGAGUGUGGCGUACCAAAAACUUCUUGUUCAAUGUAUUUUGAAGAACAGAUCUCGCAUCUUCGCAUUCAAGAGUGCACCCGAAUCACCGGCCGACAAGGUGUCCCAAUUUGACGAGGACAAUCGACCGCACAAGAAGCAACAGAGGCGAAUCCCAAAAGAUGCAGAUAGGGUUUUGGCUGCUUAUGAUAUCUUAGAUGAUGAUAGGUUGAAUCUACUCGACUGGGGAAGCAAUAACGUGUUGGCGAUUGGCCUCAAUGACAAAGUGUGCCUAUGGAAUGCUGCGAAUAAGUCUAGUACGGAGUUUUCACGAGCCCUAGAAGACAACAGCCCUGUCACUAGCAUCAGCUGGUCCCAGACUGUCACGGACAAACUUCUAAACCAGGUGUUUGAUGUAAUGCUUAUAUCUGUCCGUGUCUAUUGGCAUGUUUAUGCCUUGUACAGCAUGUAAAGGGGCGACCGAAGGCUUAAUAGUCCCAUUUUAGUUGGGUUGAUGGCCUCUUUAGGCUUGUAAAUAAAGAUUGUGUCAUGUGGACAUGUGCGAGAGCUUUUCGGUCUGUAAUGGACCAUUUUACCCUUUGUUGUGUCACUGUUCAGAGCUUGUAAAGUCUGUUUGUAUUUUGCAUUGUCUAUGAAGUGUUUUUCGGA